GGUAAAAAACUGUACGGCCGCAAAUGAGAGAUCGAAAGCGAGAGUAAAAUGAUUUUUUAGAGAGAGAACCGCCGUUGUAUGCAGUACGGUUGCAACUUUGAAGUUACAGAGAGAGAGCGCGAAGACAUACAAGUUGCAGAGUACACAGAGUGAUCUAGAGAGAGUAGACAGAGGGGGAGGGGCGUGUAAUGGAAUCUUGACAAAAUCAGAGAGAGAGAGGAGUGCCGAGAAGCUAGAAAGAAGGUUACAGAAGAAAGGAGAGGGAGAAGAGAGGAGAGAGAAGAGAGAAGAGGGAGACGUGGCUUCACCGUAGCUAGAGAGAGAAAGAGAGGAUCAAAGAAGAAAGGAUAUACAGAGAGCACUACAGUUUUCUGGCAAGCGUCUCGACCCUGCAACGUUUCCCUGUGACAAUGGCAAUGGCGACUCUGCAACUCUUCUUAGGGACUUUCUUCUUCGCCAAAGCCUUCUCCAUUUCCGUGGAAAUAGAAAUAUCUGCCCUCCUUUCCUUUAAAAGCUCCAUAACCAGUGACCCUCUUCAUCUACUCUCUAAUUGGGUACCUUUCAUGAAUUCGCCCUGCAAUUUUACUGGAAUCACAUGUGACGAGUUUUCCGGCAAAGUCACGGGUCUGAACCUCGCCGGAAAACCGAGUGAAGUUUCCGGAGAUUCAGGAAAACUGGCAGGAAUCUUGCCCCAUUCUCUAGGAAGCCUUACCGAUCUCAGGGUCCUUUCCUUGUCAGAAAACUCAUUUUCCAGUGAGAUUCCGGGAGAGAUUGGCUUUCUUAGUUCAUUGGAAGUCCUUGAUCUUAGCCACAACAACUUCUCCGGCGAGAUUCCGCUCCAGAUAAGUUUUAUGGCUUCUCUCAGUGUGCUUAAUCUCUCUUUCAAUUCAUUUUCAGGAAAGAUACCAGCCUCCCUUUAUGCAUGUAAAAGCCUGCAAAUCCUUGACUUAAGAGCCAACCUUUUGAAUGGGACUUUGCCUCCAAAGCUCGUAGGAAGCUCAAAUUUCAAGGUGAUUGAUCUGUCCUUUAAUUCUCUUUCUGGAGGGAUUAGUAUGGAACCUUCAAGUGAAUGCAGGUCAUUGACUCACCUUCAUCUUUCUGGUAAUUUUUUGGCUGGAAGAAUCCCUAAAGAGAUUGGAAAUUGCACAAGUUUACAGUCACUUUUGCUGCCGCAAAAUGUGUUUGAAGGCCACAUUCCUGCAGAGAUUGGUAGGAUUUCUCAUCUUAGGGUUUUGGAUGUUUCAGGAAAUUGUCUCACUGGGAGGAUACCCAGAGAGCUUUCACAAUGUAAAGAACUAUCAGUUUUGGUUCUUACCAAUUGGGUUGGUAAUGGAAAUGAUUCCUUGCUUAAAGGUGAAUUCAAUGCAUUUGAAUGGGGAAUUCCAUACGAAAUUUUCUUGAUUCCAAGACUUAAGGUUCUUUGGGCGCCUAUGGCAAAUAUUGGGGGGAGGUUACCUAAAAGUUGGUCUGAAACUUGUAGUCUCGAAGUUUUGAACAUUGGGUUCAAUUCGUUUAAAGAUAUUAUACCGGAAGGAUUAGGGAAAUGUAGGCAUCUUGCUUACUUGGAUUUGAAUUCGAAUGCGUUUUCUGGCCAUUUACCUGUGACAUUAUCAGUUCCAUGCAUGAUUUAUUUCAAUGUCAGUGGCAAUUCAUUGUCGGGGAGAAUUCCUAAUUUUGGUAAAUCGAGUUGCGGUAAUAGUUCCUUUUCAAUUGUUGGAUUUAAUGACUUGGAUUCCUAUGAGAAGGUUGAGUACUGGUAUUUGAAUCUUAUUCACACCAGUGUUGCAAAGAGUAAUCCAUUUCAUGGUGCGAUAGCUGAAGAAAAUGUUAUACUGCAUGAUUUUAGUUCAAAUGCUUUUGUUGGUGUUCUGCCUUUAAUUCAUAUUGGAGAUAGCUUAUUAGCUCCGAAACCUUCUUAUGGCUUGUUAUUGAAUGAUAACAAGUUGAACGGUUCGCUUCCCAGUUCUCUAUUUGCACUCUGCAAGUAUUUACAAGGCUUCGCUGUUAACUUGAGCACAAAUCAGUUAUCAGGUAAGAUUUCUUCUGUUAUUUUCCUGAACUGCUCUGAAUUGAAUAGUUUCGAAGCAGCGUAUAAUCAGUUAGAUGGCCCAAUACCAAAGGAGAUUGGUAAUGCAUUCCUGAUUUCACAGAUUGACCUGAGAGGAAACCGGUUGAAUGGCACACUUCCUGAUCAGUUGGGAACUUUGAAAAAUAUGAAACAGGUUCUUCUAGGAGAGAACACAUUCACUGGAGGAAUCCCAGUUCAAUUAAGUCGAUUAAGUUCUCUUCAGGUUCUCGAUCUCUCAUCGAACAAUCUUACUGGUUCCAUUCCAUCAAACCUAGCUCAAGCAACCCAACUUCAGGUUCUUCUUCUUGACCACAAUGCACUUUCAGGAGAGAUCCCAUCUUCUUUCUCAGAGCUUCAAUUCCUCACGAAUAUGAACCUUUCGUACAAUAACCUCUCCGGCUAUAUACCUGUUCUCAAGUAUUCUCUUGACUGUACUUCUUUCAAAAACAACGUAUAUCUUCAGCCUUGCACUGCUCAUAAGCCUUCCACCCUUGCCCAGCCUCCCUACCUGCUUCCUCCACCAAAUUGGGUGAGCCGAAGAAGCAAGCUCAAGUCAUUUGAGAUAGCAUUAGUGGCUUUAGCCUCUGCUAUAGUGCUUGCUCUUUUACUGGUGGUUCUAUAUCUGGCUUGUUCAAAGAGGCAUCUUGUUCGGCUCCCAAGCCUGCGAAAGAAACUCCUUGUUACAUUUACAGACACUCCUCCUGGACUAACAUAUGAAAAUGUAGUAAGGGCAACUGGGAAUUUCAGUAUUCGUAACUUGAUAGGAACUGGAGGCUUCGGUGCUACCUAUAAAGCUGAGCUGGUUCCUGGUUUCUUAGUUGCAGUGAAGAGGCUGUCCUUGUGUAGAUUUCAAGGUCUGCAACAGUUUGGAGCUGAGAUAAGAACCUUGGGUCGAAUUCGCCAUGCCAAUCUAGUGACCCUAAUUGGCUAUUACAUGAGUGAGGCUGAAACCUUUCUCAUUUAUAAUUAUCUACCUGGAGGGAACCUAGAGAGAUUCAUCCAUGAUAGGUAUUGUAAAAACUUGAAUUUCUCUGUGAUUCAUAAGAUAGCCAUGGACAUAGCCCAAGCUCUUGUCUAUCUCCAUUAUUCAUGUGAGCCACGAAUAGUGCAUCGAGACAUUAAGCCAAGUAACAUAUUGCUCGACAAUGAUUUGAAUGCUUAUUUAUCAGAUUUUGGCCUUGCAAGGCUUUUAGAAGUUUCUGAGACUCAUGCUACAACUGACGUAGCCGGGACUUUUGGGUAUGUAGCACCCGAGUAUGCUACAACUUGUAGGGUCUCAGACAAGGCAGAUGUUUAUAGUUUUGGAGUAGUUAUGCUUGAAAUGCUUUCAGGGAAAAGGUCAUUAGACCCUUCAUUUUCUGAUUAUGGAAAUGGGUUUAAUAUUGUGGCUUGGGGGAAGUUACUUUUAAAGGAGGGGAGGACAUCAGAGGUCUUUUGCUCGAAAUUAUGGGAUGCUGGGCCUCAAGAUGAACUGGUUGUGAUGCUUCAGAUUGCGGCAGCUUGUACUGCUGAAUCUCUUGCAAUUAGGCCUUCGAUGAAGAUGGUUUUGGAGGAGCUGAUUCAUUUGAAGCACUGAUGGGAUGUUGGGUUCAAAGAGAGAUGGUGAAACUGAAAAUUGAUGUGACGGAUAUCAACAAGAUGCCUACUUAUGGGAAGUUGGAAUAAUCCCAAUGCCUUUUUUGGUUGGGUUCCCAUGAGUUGUAAUUAAAUUUUUGGGCUCUAAUAAUUUGGAGUAAGAAUCUGAUUGUCUUAGAUGGUGAAGUCUAAUGGUGGUUUGGAGUCUUUGUGCUUCAUCUUUCAGAAUCUGGAUUUGGAUGUGGCAUUUUAGAAUGAAGUGGCAUCAAAAGGUUUUUCCUGAUUUUUGGAUGCUAAAAAUGGGCAUUGCAUAUGUGACCUGGCAUCACACUGCUACUGGCUGUCGAAUAUGUUCCGCAUGAGCUAACCAAUGCUGCUGAUCACUGAUCUUGGGAUACCAGAUUGAAAUGACAUGACACACCUUGCAUAUUCAGUUCCACUUCAAUGCAAGGUUGUUCCUUUCCAUAAUAUCUGUGUAAUUUAUGUAUGUCUCUGAUUUUGUAUCAUAAAAUCCAAUUUGAAUGAAUGGUUUAGAUCUGGGGAAAUGGGUAAGUGCCCAGUCCAAACCCUCUGUCUUAAAUGUUUGGACUGUAAAUUUGACAAAUUGGGUUAAUUCGAAUGUGGCUCGUGCAGUGCUGCAUUUGUCUUAAAAAGGAAAAGGAGCAGCCUAAUUUGGCAAGAACCAGUCAUUUGAGACAUUCUCUGACCAGUUUCAUCUGAUUGACCUAUUUAACUUGGACACAGGUGUUCAUCUUUCUUUCCUAAUUUGGCAAGAACCAGUCAUUUGAGAUAUUCUCUGACCAGUUUCAUCUGAUGACCUAUGUAACUUGGGCACAGGUGUCCAUCUUUCUUGUUACAUGUGAACAUCUUAAUGGUACGACGUGAUUGUCCAAUACUUUCAUAACUUUAAGACACUUUAUUUUAUCCUUUUUCUUAUAUGUCACUACCAAAGUACGUAUUGUUACUUAAAAUUCUUUCUUCCUCCGCCUUUAAAUGGUACUGAUAUGUUUUGUGACUCUUGUUUAAAAUGCGAGUUUUGGGGAUGGCAUUUUUGAUGUGUGUAUUUCUGUAGGACGCUGACGCACUUAUCUAUGCCCUUUUCAAAUUGAGAUAUACUUACCAAAAUAACAAAGAUAUCAUGGUUCAAAUGAUUCUCUGGCCUUGCUUUCCAAAUCAAGUUCGGUUUGUUCUCACUUUGUGUUCUGGCUUUAUUGGACUUAUCACACAGCCUUAUCUUAAUAACAAAUACAUAGGAACCUGAUUAAGAGUUUCUGUCCUAAAAAUUACUCAUGUUCAGUUUGUUCUUGAAUGUUCUAUAUGUUGUCUUCUCUGGGUUUCUUAGGGUCUUCUGGAAAUAAGAUCGGGCUUCCCUCUCAUAUGGCUUGGAUUUGUUGUUUCCAAAUUUAUUGUAGUGGCUUGCCCAAAAUUACAAGGGCAUAAAGGAGGGGAGUGAUUUACUGGACUUUAUAUCUGAAAAUUCAGUGUACUUCCGUUUGCCGGGUUAAUUUUGUAAUGCUGUCUUUAUCUUCAUUUUUUUCUCAAAGCAAGAUUGCAGAAAAGGAUUAGACAUCAUUGGCCUGCCCUCUUAUGUGGUAGGCAAUUUCAUAUAUAGUUCCAUCAUAAAGUUUUGGUCCAUGGCUGCAUCUUCAUAUUUGGUAGGCAAUUUCAUAUAUAGUUCCAUCACUGUAAGUAGCUGCAUGAUAUUUGCUUAUAAGAAGUUCUAUAAUAAUUUUAUUGUGAUACCAUGUAAUAUGGGAGUUUGGCUAUUUCAUUCAAAUGGUUCCAUAUCCCAGCUGGAAAAUAUUCUUCACUCAUUGUUUUAACUGAAAACAUACUACUCUAUGUGUUCUUGCAGUUGGUUUGAACCAGUGUUUCAAAAUUAGCUGUUCUACUUGGGACUCUCCCAAAUCGGACUGGAUAGGGAUGAUGGCAACUCCGGGAUGCAAGACCCUGAAAUUGAGUCUCCCUGUCUUGCAGUAUUUUUUUUCUUGUUUGACAUUCCUGGUCUGAUUUGGACCAGCCCAAGUCGGACCAGUGGGUCAAGCCCUUGGACAUGGGUCUCCUAUGCAAAUACCCAUUUUUCGAUUCUAGGGACAAGCGCUUGGACCUAGGGCGAGUGAGAGCCUGAGUCCAGUGGGACUAGCGCUUGGACCAAGGAUGAGUCAGAGCCUGAGUCCCACUUUUAGAGUGCUGGUUCAUACCAUUUCCAACUGAGAGCUAUGUCCUUACAUGGCUUGAUUCCUUAUUUUUGAAUUUUUACGGGAAUGAUCAGGUUUACUUGCGCAUCAUGGUGCAGGUCUCCUGUGCAAAUAUCUAUUUUUCGAUUCUUUACGGCUGUGGAGAUCAUGCUUCAUUAUAGAGGCCCAAAUUUGCAGGCAUGGCCAUGAUUUAGAUCUCCAACUUCAAGAGGAUUGAUGUUGGAGAUUCGUUCAACACACCUAAAUGUAAUCAUUCAGACUUUGUGAUUACUUGCUCUCUAGUCUGGUGGCCAAAUUAUUGAAAAGUAUUCUGCUGGUAAGUUAAAUCUGAUACAGUAUGUUAAUCAUCAUUCUCUUAUCUUAGUGGCUGUACAGUUUUUACCAUAUUUUUUUCUUCAAGCUGGUUAGGUCCCUUUUC